AUGGCCGCCUUUGGCACCGGUAGUCACCUGUUCAGCUCCGAGUAUCGGAUGCCGUUUUUCCCGUGGUUCUUUGGGGUGGCAUACGGCCCGGAUGCCUCGCUUGCUUAUUACACAAUCUUUGCCUAUGAGAGCUUCGGCAUGUACUUUCAUAUGCUACUAAACACGGCCGGUGAUACACAGCUUUGCUACUGGCUGCAGAUGAUUGGACUUCAGCUAGACAUGUUGGCCAAUCGGUUCCGUAAAUUGAGCAAUAACGAAGAGUUCGAAAAGUCUUUCGUGCCAUUGGUGUUACAUUACGAGAAAGUUCAUCGCAUGCUGCUUCGCGUGGAACGACUAUUCUCACUCGCUUACUUUGUGCAAUUCAGCGUUAGUGGACUGGUUAUCUGCGCCUCUGCCUAUCAGGUGGCCUCUAUGCUAAAUCUCUAUGACUUUAGCAAGCUCAUGAACGUGUUUUACAUGAUGUCGAUGACAAUGCAAAUUGGACUUCCGUGCUACUAUGGCAACGAAGUUACAUUGAAGAGCUACGCACUCACUAAAGCCAUUUAUUCCUCCAACUGGUACACCAUGAAGCGAAGCAAUAGGAAAAAGAUUCAAACCUUUCUGAUACGUACGAACAAACCAUUUGCGGCCACUACUUUUGGGUACUUUAAUUUUAAUUUACCAGCCUUUACGACGAUACUCAAUAUGGCUUAUUCGGUGUACUGCCUGCUACAGCGUAAGGCCUCUAGUAACAUUUAGAGAAAGAGAGAGAGAGAGAGGGA